AUGAAUCCUCAAUUUGAAAUCAAUUUACCAUAUGUACCACCAAACAUUUAUAAAUGUGUUAUCAAACUUUGGUGUCAAACUAAUAGUGAUUGGAAAUUAUUAUGUCUUUACAAGUUAAACUUGCGGAAAAUGAUUUCAGUUGAUAAUGAUUUGGAAAUUUUAGAUUUAUAUAAAACCAAUACGUUAAGUUUACAACUUAAUGACCAAUGGUUUACUUUCCAAGAUAUGUUGAAUAAAAGUAUAGUUGACAAAAACCCCAAUGUUUUACCUCAACCAAUACAGUCAUACACAUUUGAUUCGAUUCGUUGUUUGAAUAAUUUAUCCAAUUCAUUACAAGAAUUAGCUAUAUCGAAACAUAAUUUAAUGCAACAAAUAAAACUCUACAUUGGGAAUCUACAAGACUAUAAGAACAUAAAUAAUAUAAAUGUGGUUUUGAAUAAACUACAAUUUCAAGUUCAUAAACUAAAACAUGAUGUGAAUAAAUUAACUUUACAAAAUGAACAAUUGAAUAAUAAAAUUUACAAUAUCAAACAGAAAAUCAAUGAUUUGCAUAAUAUAAUUGAAAGUUUCAAUACCAAUACCAAAGAGAUUAUAGAAAACAAAUUAGAAUUAUAUGAUACCGAAAUACAAAAUAUGCAAGUAUUACAAUUAUCAUUACAACAACAAUUGAAUAAAUAUUUAAAGACAAAUAUGAAAUCAAUUGAGUUUGUAUUCCCCAUUGACAAUAUAGAUUCGACAAAAUUUUCCAUUUUAGGAUUUCAAUUCCCUCAAGAUCAUCAAGAAUUAUUAGCAAUUUGUUAUUAUAAUAAAUCGUCGAUUGAAUUGAAAAACCUGUAUUAUCAACCAGAAUUUGAUAGUGAAACACAAUGGCAUAAUUUUAAAACUCAACAAAUAAAUGCUGCAUUAUCAAUUAUUGUUCAAUUGAUGGUACUAAUUGCCGACAUCACUAAUACAGAUUACAAGUAUAAAAUGGUUUUACAGGGAAAUCAAAGUUAUAUUGUUGAUGAAAUAUCCAAAGAUUAUCCAAUCACUAAAAAAACUCUUGGUAAUGGGAAUGGCACGAGCUCAUACAGAUUCCCCUUGUAUUAUGAUUCUACAACUAAUGAAAAAGUAAUUAUGUCACUGGGGAAUCAAUCAAUGAUUAUGAAUCAAGAAUUUGAAUAUGGAUUGAAAUUAUUAAACAAGAAUUUAGUGAUCUUGAUAGAUAAAAUUCAAAGUUUGAUGAUUGGUGAUGGUUCAGGAAAUUAUGAUAGUCAUGUUCCCAUAGAAUGUCUAGAUAAUAUUCUAUGGAAUUUAAAAUAUCUAGAAUUAUUCAUGACAGUUUGA